AUGCGCAUCCACUCCACUGUGCGCGCAUGACUUUUUUUUUUUUGGCUCGAGCCUUGGCGUGAUCUUACUGCAUUUUGUUUGAUUAAGCAACCCCGUUGUAAAAUGUGGACGAUCCCGAAGCCAAGAUACAGAAGCAGUUCGUGUGGUGACGGUGAGCCUGAGAUCACUGUGAACAUCGGCGGGGUCCGCGUGGUGCUUUUCGGGGACGUUCUGAAUCGUUACCCGGAGAGCAGACUGGCCGAGUUGGUGAACUGCUCAGCCGCGCCGAAUGACGAACUUAUGUCGUCUCUUUGUGACGACUUUGACCCCGGCCGAAAGGAGUUUUAUUUCGACCGAGAUCCAGAUGCGUUCAGGUGCAUCAUCGAUGUGUAUUACUUCGACGAAAUCCACAUUAAACGCGGCAUUUGCCCCAUUUGUUUCAUCAAGGAGAUGGAGUUCUGGAAAAUAGAGCAAAGUGCGUUAGAUGAGUGCUGCAAAAGUGACUUGAGCGAGAAGGAGGGGGAGCUGCGGGAGAUCGCGAGCAAAGUAAAGGUAAUUUUGGAGGACAUGGCAGAGGACCAGAGUGCAACGGGCACCCAGAGGUGCCAACGCUUCUUGUGGAGGCUCAUGGAGAAACCUGGUUCCUCCUUCCCCGCGCGCCUCGUCGCCAUCGCGUCCUUCCUCUCCGUCCUGGUCUCGGCGGUGGUGAUGUGCGUGGGAACCGUCCCAGAAUUGCAGGUAACAGACGCCGAGGGGGAGCCGGUGGAGCACCCGACUUUGGAGGCCAUUGAAACGGCGUGCAUGCUGUGGUUCACGGCGGAGUACCUGCUGCGCCUCGCUGCCUCGCCCAAUAAGUUAGACUUUGCCUUCUCCUUCAUGAACAUCGUGGACUUCAUGGCUAUUAUGCCUUUCUACGUGGUCCUCGGUCUAACCUACCUCGGCACCACCUCCGUGAUGGAACUGGGCAACGUUCAGCAGGCGGUCCAGGCGCUGCGCAUCAUGCGCAUCGCGCGUGUUUUUAAGUUGGCACGCCACUCGUCGGGACUGCAGACUCUCACGUACGCGCUGAAAAGGAGCCUCAAGGAGCUGGGGCUGCUCCUCAUGUACAUGGGCGUGGGGAUCUUCGUGUUCUCCGCUCUGGGCUACACCAUGGAGCAAAGUCACCCUGAGACUUUGUUCAAGAGCAUUCCACAAUCCUUCUGGUGGGCCAUCAUCACCAUGACGACGGUGGGAUACGGAGACAUCUACCCCAAAACCACACUGGGCAAGUGCAACGCGGCAGUGAGCUUCCUGUGUGGGGUCAUAGCCAUCGCCUUACCCAUACACCCCAUCAUUAAUAACUUUGUGGUGUUCUACAACAAACAGCAAGUGUUGGAGACUGCAGCCAAGCAUGAGGUGGAGCUGAUGGAGCUUAAGUCUGCUGGGGAUGCGCACAGAAAAGACAGCGACAAAGAUGACACCUAGAAUGAAUAGCAUUUCAGACUUCAGUGUAAAAAAACCAACAACGACAUAUGGAAAUGUUAAAGCACCGGUGUCCAAGCUGUGGUCCAGGGGCCACCUGCGGUUUUGCGGCCCGCGGCAUAUACUAACAUUGUUGUGUAAGCCUAAAUUGUGCUUGUUACUUUGUACACUGGGUGGGAAGUUUGUUUCAUCUCUUGCUUCCUUGUAUUUGCAACCAAAAUCGAAACAACAUUUCUUUUCGUAAAACUCAGAUGACUAAAGAUAAUUCAGUUA